AUGGCUGAAUCCAAGCCUGGCCUCUAUGCCAGGCUCGAGUCGUCCUUCCAAGCCGCGCCCAACCUCCGCCACUCCAAGCACUUCCCUAGCCGCCCCGACCUGCUGCGCGACGCAACCUCGACCCCGGUGCCCCUGGAUCGCCCUGAUGUGCACUCGACACACGCCGGCGACGACAGCGACUCCACUCUCUGCAGCCAAAACAGCACGCCCCUGGCCUCUCCAGGCAUGCGAAACGGCGCAGACACAGGCCUGCCGCCCACGCCCCCCACCGCCUCGCAGGACGGCAAAUCCGUCGACCAUGUAGACCCGCCGCCGCAUGCCGACAGCGUGCGCAAUUCGCUCAUAUCCCACAAGUCGUGCCUCAGCACGCCUGUCAAUGCGCGCAGUCCUCCAACCCCCGACCCAAGCCCGCCGCGAACAAACGCCUCCAACACCUCCAACGCCACCCUUCAACGCCCGCCAAUCCUCACGUAUCCCUCUUCGCGGGCCACGUCGUACCAGACUGCGCGAGAAGAACCCUUUUUCUCGGACCGCGAAGAGAGCACGUGUGCGACGCCUGCAGACGAACGCCCAAACACCGUCGAAGAAGACCGCGGACGGCGACUCGCUUUCGAACAGGACAAAAAUGAUGUCACGCCCACGACCCCCUCACGCACCGCCUUCCCUGCUACGGCCGACGUGGAUGCAGCCGCCAAACAGGCAGGUGCAGACAAGGAUUCCCCGACCAUGGCCGACAUCCCAGACCGCGAGUGGAACACCGAGCUCAUGCGCAACAUAACAAUACGCAAGAAGCGCAGACCGCAAUCAAAGUCGCCUAAAAAGACUGCGGAUCCCGCCGUCACCGUCGUCGAAACCGCCUCUCCCUCGCCCACCACCCGAGCCCGCAACGCCCCCAGCCUGCGCAAACGCGUCGAAGUCGGCCACAGCAGCCCAGUCACGCCCUCGGUCGAAAACUUUGCCCAGUCAAUUGGUUGGCCCGCCGACAGCAGGCGCAUGUCUAUCGACAAGCAGCGCGAUGCGAGCAGCAAGCGACUGUCGACAUCGUCGGUUGCCUCGACAGUCGUUUCGGCCCAUGUUAUCGUUACUACGCCACAGAGGAUGCAAACCUUGCGACACUCGGGGAGGAAUAUGGCGUACAGAAGAGACGUGAGCUCACCAGCAGAACUUGGCUCCGACACCCAUUCAAGCCGCAACUCGAUGAUAUCCCAGGCCGACAGCAUUCCGCCCCAUCGUUUGGUGCAUAAGAGGACCAGCAUCGUUGACAGAAACAGAGGCAGCGUCGGCUCGGACAUAUUGGCCUCCCAGCGCAUCCUAUCCCCUUCAUUAUCACUGCGACAGAAAACCAUCGACAGCUCAGCUCAUACCAUGGCGCAUCAAGAGUCUGUACGCCAUGUACUGCAACCUGCCGCGGACAUACUGAGCAGACAUAGCGCAGCAGCACGACUGGGUGGUAGUCAACACAAACGCAUCAACUCUGCCCCCGAGCCUUCGAGACGUACAAGUCGUUCCUCAAAACCGCGAAACUUUACCGAAAUAUUGCCUCCGCCAAGUCCAAGCCCUAGGAAAACCCCCUUCACCGAGCCACCCGCACCUGAGCGCGUACCAUCGCCCACGCUUUCGCCAAAGCCACGCCAGCCAUCACCAACUUCCAAAAAGGUCCGACAGCUGCCUCCCGUUAUCCCAGACACGAAGCUGCCGACUGGUAUCGAGAACAAUCUCCCCGACCUGCCCGACCAGGGCGUAGAUGGUCCGGCGGAGCGUGAUCUUUUCCUGGGUGCCAGUCAUCCCCCCGGAGAAGCCCGCGUGCCAUCUGCCUUGCUGGAUCGGGUUCGACACCUGAUUGGGGAUGCUCAGGCUACCGAGGAAUCCAAUGUAGUUGCUGCGAAUCCCAAUCCUGCCACGACUGAGAACCUGAACAAGCUCCCGCCGCCCAAGGAAGGGUCACCAAUUAUGCGCCAAGGCUCACGCGCGUCAAGGCCAGGAUCCUGGGACCCAAAGCGAUUCUCUCUUCACAACGAUCGCUCCUCCGUGUCGCCCGAAAUGAGGUCCCGAUCUGGCCUCAGCGAUCAUGAAUGGAAGCGUUACUCUGCCAACUCUGGAGAACAUGGCCGUGUCAGUUUCGAUCGCUCAGCCUCACGGACCGAGGAGCAUGCUAUGGCCCGCCAUCUCUAUUCUCAGUCCACGCCGUUUUCCCAGUUUUCUGAUACGAUUGAAGUCACCGAGGCCACUGCUGUUAGCAUCUAUCCCCACAACAACCAUUCUCUCCUUGUUGUGCAACAGUUGGCCCGAGGUAACUCAAUGCUGUCUGAACAACGCCAGUUGACUGGCGCCACGCUCUUGACCCCGCAGGAUCCUCGGCUUGCACAAACAGUGCCGUCUCCUGCGCCUAUUCGCCAAGACAGUAGUAGUAGUAGUGAAGAAAAGCCGUCGCAGCCGACCUUGACCUUGGAGCCUUCAACGCCCCCAAUGCAGAUCGACCUGCUGGCGACCGGCUCUGUCGAUUCGCCGCUCCUCAACCCCCGAGACCCGCCAGAACCACCCAAGAUCAACUUCAUCCCGCCCACCCCCAUGGAGGAGCUUGAAAGGCCAUUGGCUGCAUCACCGCCAGGUCCGCCCCGGCGCUCUGAUUCCCACCCACAACGCCGGCUCUCUGUCUUGCAGCGAGCGCGACGGUACUCGGAUAAUCUCAUGGCACCACUAUGGGCUCGCAAAGGAAACAGUCGAUCGCAGGACAGUGACUCGGAAAAGCACACACAUCGCAAUCCACACGUGCCCACGGUGAAUGAUGAAGACGGUACGCUUCAUCCUUUUUGGCGUCCACGCGGCUUUUGGGAUGAGUUCUCGGACAGCGAAUCAGACGACGAAGAGCUCGACAGGCUUCCCCAGGGCGGUGACACAAGUGAUGUCGAAGACCCAGAGCCAGAGCCAGAGACGCCAAGACGGGCCAAUACUCUUAAGAAGCUGAAAGGGGGCCUCCGUGGCUCCCGUAACUCUGGUGGCUUCUUGAUUGGCAACUCGCUUGGUGUUGAACGCCACGGUACGAACAAACGUCGCCACCAGGUCACUCUCCCUUCACACUUCACUCGCUCUCCUCGUGGAUCUUCACCUAAAGUCAUUAUUCAAGCGCCCACACAGCCUUUGGGUCGACAUGGUGGAGGUGGAAUUACCAAGCGCCGCUCGAGUCCCGAACUCCGCCGCACCACUUCUUUUCCGGACAACCUCUCUAUUGAAUAUGAACAAUCACGGCGUCGCGGCAACUCUUGGAGACAAGGAAAGCGUCUUCCAGGCUUGAAAAAGUACCAUGUUCAGUACAUUGGUAUUUCUGGAGUCAAGGAGAAGCUGAAAGAGCGCCGUACCGAGAAGAGAAGGGAAAAGAUUCGGCGCAGCAUCGGUCAAAAGUACUACGUCGAUCCCACGACGCUUGACUCACCCACGCUGUCAUGAGUCGGAAGCUACGAAGCUAGCUUCUUUUUCUCUCGUGUCUUUUAGUACGCGAUAUAUCUGGCAUACUGCCAUCU